UUCUCAAAAUUGCAAUUCAAAUGCUGUGGAGCACGACCUUCGAUUUGUAGGUCUUCGUUCUGGGCUUCGGCUACAAGGAGCGAUGUGGGACACUGAAGAGAACAUAAUUUAAUAUGGAACCUUGAAUAGGAUUGAUUUGAUGCUGGUUUUAAGGAAAGAAAUCGCAUGUUUUCUGACUUGAGGCGACAGGAAAAUUCCACAAAGUUGAGAGGUAGAACAAAUGUCCAUGUUGAUUCAACCACCCAACUGAAUUUUCAGCAUCAGCAGUCAUAAACUAUUGUCCAGCUCGGAGGACUACGUGGAAAUUUUUGGGUUGUGAUCGUUCGGAAUCCGGGGGUCUCGAAAAAUUCAAAGAAUCGGCCAAAUUCGCAGCUCACAGUCAGCUUUACUCUCAGUUUCUUUACGCAUCUGCAGACACAGAUGGAAGGGAUAACCUAUGUUUCGCAUCUCGUCGGGAACUUCGAUGAAGAACUUCUGUCCCUGUGCGUCGCCAGUAACCUCGAACGAGAGUUUUUCGGCCUGUGAGCUUCAGAUUCUCAGCCAAACAUGAUUUGGCUCAGCUAUACACAAAGGCGUUCUGUGGAUGCGACGACGGUGGAAGUAAUUGAAUUUCCCUACAAUGAUGAUUGCGAAGAAUCCACUGUGAAUCAUUUCUAUUCAAUGUUAGAUAUAUUGGAAAUGUUGUAAUAUUCCAAUGGCGUUUUCGGCGCUUGCACACGGCACACUCAGCUUUUGUGAUCCAGUUGCUGCGGUACCCCAACUUUGUGCCAGAGUUGGGCAGCAUAAAGAAGGCAGCCGCGGAUGCGUAGAGUUCAAAAGCAUAGACAUUUUUCAUCGCACGGUGUAUUUCAAUAGAGAAGAUAGACCGUCAAAGUGGUGGUUGCCAGCUCAAGAAUGGACGAAGGAUAGCAGAAAGGGACAAUGUCAAUGCUCUAGCAAACCAAUCUUGCCAGAUAAAACUAUGCCUUCUAUCUCGCAGCCCUCCUCAGUCGGUGCUCAACGUCCUCUCUUCUCUCCAACGAAGACGUACAUAGAGACCGACCUCACCCCCAAGGAUAAGCUAUGGGUGAUCGCAGCCACCACCCGUAACGACCUUUUUGCAGCUGCUACGCUUCGAGCGCAGAUAUUCUACACGUAUCCCCAAGUAGAAAGUAGUAUACAAGGCACAGAAGCCAUCAAAGCUCGCGUAGCGAAUGACUUCGCCGUAAUCGAUCUGCUCAAAAGGAGAGUAAAAUCAGAGUACGACAGGGAAAGUAAAUAUGAAUCACUAGGCGGGCGUGUGAAGUGUUUGUUAGCAGUGUGCCGCCAAUCGACAAUAGAAACGUUCGGAGGGAGCACUGCGACAUCGUCCCACCUCAAACCUCCAUCAAUAUCUUCGGAGGAAUUAUGUUCCACAGAGCCACUGGUAGCAAUCGGCACACUUGACGUACAAGAUGGCACAGGAACCAAGGCCUCUGCAGAUGUAAACCUUGUUACCUUCCAACUCUAUGCUCUGGCCAAUUCAGCUCAGCAAUCGAAGAAGCAGGUUCACAAGGCCCACAAUACCUCGACACCCUUUUCUCUCCUCCAACCGGACAACACCCUGAACCAGGCUUACAUCUUCAACGUUGGCGUCGUCAAAAACUCCAGAAGAAUGGGGGUCGGAAAGGCUCUGCUGCUGGCCGCUCUCAAGGUGGCCAAACAGAUGGAACUUCAGGUGCUGUUCGUGCAUGUAGAGGCGGACAAUCACGGCGCCAUGGCGUUGUACACCAGCUCAGGAUUCAAAGUCCAGGAAGAAGAAGCAGAACAGCUGGCGCUUCAAUUACGAAGGCCUCGCAGAAUAUUGUUGAGCUUCUGGACCUCAUAAGUCAUCGCGAACCAGAUGUACGUCUUUGACCAGCACAUAGUUUGAACUUCCUACCUUCUGUACUCAAACCACAUUGCAAUCCGAAGCUUCCACCUCCAAGUUUGUCCAAUCCCAAA